AUGCUGGUACAGUACGGUGGUGGACGUAACGGUAGCAACAGUGCGAUGAACGAGUACCAUCACGGUUACCAUCCGUCGCACGGUUACGCACCGCAACCCUACGAACCGCCGACCCACGGCCACGUCGGCACCGGUAAUAAUCUGCUCGAGGCGGCACUCGGCCGUCCCGGUCCGGCCGUUACACAAGGUAGCACAAAUCACCACAACCCUUCUAAUGCAAGCACGUACAAAAUGUCUCGUAACGUUUCCAACUCGCACCCGGCCCUGGAACGGUCCGACGUACACGUGGAAUACGAAGUGGCCGUCCCGAUACACAGCAUCGAGUCGAUCCGGCACACGCCGUACCAUUCGCUAUGGAAUCUGCACGAGUGUUCCGCACCAUCCACGUCCGGCUUCCAGCAUAUGGCCCGCAUGAUGGACACAUUGAUCCUGGAUAAUUUGGCACCAUUUGCUUUUACGAAAAUCACCACCACGCACCGUCCGACAAGGAUCGGUGGUGGUGGAGGUAGUGGAAGUGGUGGCAGUGGAUCAGGCAGUAAUGGCGUCCCCGGUGGAGGCAGUGGUUCUGGUGGGGGAGGCAGCGGUGGUCUCAUUGACCAUGCUCGUACUGUCGGACCGCUGGGAGGAAUGGGCCAGGAAGGGAUGCUACGAAACGGACCGGGUGGCCAUGGAAGCGGCGGCGGCAUGGGUGUGAAGAAGGCAACCAGCACCAGCAACGUCAGCAAUCUGAUCGGAGCGGGGACGGUUAGCACGUCCACGAUUCGGGUGAACCUGCAGAAGAACAAAAUACCGACACAAGGUCAGUGCGGUCCGCUACCUGGUGAGGUCCAUCCAAACCCGCGCCAUGCGAAUCUUGCCUCCAAUGCAUCCUCACCACCAACGGCAACCGAUUCUCGCUGGAUAUCGUCACUUCGCCGACGCGAUCCGGAACUUCAACCGACACUGCCCUCUAUCAAUCACUCCAAUCACCACAGUACCUCAUCGCUGACCCAGCAAAAUAGCAUCGGUUACACUAGCUCCUCCAACACGCCGAACACGGAUCGGCGCAGCAGUCGUACCAGUGGACAAAAGUCGUCCCUUCGCAAGAGCCGUUCGGUCGAGCGCAUUCGGGCCCGCAAGUUGGCCACCUCAAAGAUCAAGGAGCGCCCCAAGAAGUCAUCCUCCGAAGAAGGUGGCGGUUCGGACGAUCAGGAAGUUACCUCAGUGGAAGAGAACUCUCCACAGCAGCAACAUUCGCCGGUGAAGCGUAUUGACAAGUCGAAGAUGUUCAAUCCGAUCGGCUACGAACCGCAUCUGAUCGAUACGCUCGAGAAGGAUAUGCUGCAGAAAAACCCGAACGUACAGUGGAACGAUGUGGCGGGGUUGAAUGAAGCGAAAGCGAUCCUCCAGGAAGCGGUUGUACUGCCGGUGAUACUGCCAGACUUCUUCCGUGGCAUUCGUCGACCGUGGAAGGGUGUGCUGAUGGUUGGGCCACCCGGUACCGGUAAAACGAUGCUUGCGAAAGCGGUCGCAACGGAAUGUGGGACGACAUUUUUCAACGUGUCCUCCAGUACGCUGACGUCCAAGUAUCGAGGCGAAAGUGAGAAGUUGGUACGGUUACUGUUCGAGAUGGCCCGGUUCUACGCACCGAGCACGAUCUUUAUCGACGAGAUCGAUUCGCUGUGUGCGUGUCGGGGUAGCGACUCGGAGCAUGAGGCUAGCCGGCGCUUUAAGGCAGAAUUGUUGAUACAGAUGGAUGGAUUGAAUGCAGCCAACGAUGAUAAGGUUAUCAUGGUACUGGCUGCCACGAAUCAUCCCUGGGACAUUGAUGAAGCCUUCCGACGUCGGUUUGAGAAGCGCGUCUACAUUGGUCUUCCGAACGAUAAUACUCGCAAGGCACUGUUGGAGCUAUGCCUGAAGGGAGUGAACAUUUCACCGGACUUGAACACGGACACGAUCACGGAACAGUUGAACGGAUACACCGGAUCCGACAUUGCGAACGUUUGUCGGGAUGCCGCAAUGAUGGCCAUGAGGCGACACAUCAACGGGCUGAGUCCGUCCGAAAUCAAGAUGAUACGCCGGGAGGAAGUUGAUCUGCCGGUAACGGCACAGGACUUCCAGGACGCGAUGGUAAAAACGCGCAAAUCGGUCUCGGCAAACGAUGUCGCUCGCUACGAAACGUGGAUGGAUGAGUACGGAUCGUGCUAGUGUUACGUGUAGG